AGACUCCGAAAAGUUGCCUCUCUGGCCGCCAUAGAAACAGUGCUGCCGCUGCGAAGUCUGGAGGCGAGAUUGCUUGCUUGCAAGCUUAGCCCUGGUCUGGUCCUUUCUUCCCCCUGCCACGUCGCAAUGGCAUCGUCCAAGGAGGCAUUGCUCUUUCGUCUCGCAUUUCUUCUCCUUCUUGCCCUAGGAGGUGCGUAGAGGCAAGGGGAUAACAGCGAGGAGCCAGUUAGGGUUUCAUCCCACCGUCUUCCCCCCGUGCGGCUGCACGUAAUGCAGCGCAGCCGUUGUUUCUCUCUCUGUCAUCCUCCCUAUCGGUCGUCCCAGGAUGGCUAUAUUUAAAUAACCGUGUUGCUCCUCCCUCAGUUUUCCUGUGUAUUGGUAAAAAAACUCGUACUAGCGCGAAGGGGGAAUCUCACGGACUUCGCGCGAUACAUCUCCAAGACACCGCCUUAUUUUAUCUCAUACUCUUAAUUAGAAGAAAAAAAAACAUCUACCGCUGCUCUACAGCACGCCGCAAUGGGGCGACAGCAGCGGCUUCGUUCCCGCGUGCACCGGGUAUCAUCCCUCGCGGGUCUCGUAGACAACAUGGUUCGCAUUAUCGACGAGACCCGUCGCGUCGCCCCCCGCGUGCCCGUGGACCGCUCUAAUUUCAUCACCAUGGCCUUUUACCUUAACGACUUGCGCGACGCGCUCUCGCACGCCAGCCUGCGGGGAAUCAGCGUCGGCUGGAGGUCUCUAAGUGGCAGCGGUGGGGGAAACAGCGGCGGAAGCGGGGGGAGCGGAGGCAGCGGCGGUAGCAGCGGCAGCAGCGGCGGGGGGAACUCUGGCGGGGCUGGGGGGACAGCAGCGGCGGAGAACAAGCAGGAGCUGCUUGCGGGUGAUGCGGAGGUUCAAGUGCGCGGUCGGAAAGGCGCGCGGAGAAGCCGCUUUGCGCUCCCCGCGUCCAUGUUCGCGGGGCGCAAGGGGAAACGGUCCGCGAGUAUAGGCGAGGAGAGUGAGGUCGUGGCGCCUUCGCCGGAAUGGAGGCGCGAGUUGUCCGCCAGCUCCGAUACAGUCACAUCGUCCGAUGUCGGGCCCGCGAUAUCCGGGCCCUCCGUUACCUUUAGCGGCGGCGGCGACAGGGGGAGCAAUAGCUCCGUCACCGGCGCCGCAGCAGGCGCCGAUAGCGGCGAGGCGGAAGUCACCAGCGCCGCCGCCUCCGCCUCCGCCUCCGCCGCCGCCGCCAGCUCAGGCGGUGACGGUGCAGACAAGGAUAACGCCAGCGCCGCACCUUCAGCCGCGGACGACGGCGCGACUGGCGCUGGCGGCCGGCAGCAGCCCCUUCUCCCCGCGGAUGCGCGCGCGGCGCUGGAGGAGCUCCAGACGACCGUCAUGGCGCUCCGCGACGCCACCCGCGAGGCCUGCCGCGUUGCGCGGCUGCUGCUCCUGUUAGACGCGGCCGCGCGCAUGGCGGCGCUCCAGCGCAUGGUGCGCGCGGUGGGGGACGCGCUGAGCCAGCCCGCGCUGCUGUCGCUCAUGUCGUCGUGCCUCGUGCCCGCGGACGCCGCCAGGCUGGCGGAGCUGCGCGCGCGCAUGCAGUCCGCGUCGUUCGAGGCGGAGCCAGAGGUGGCGCAGCUGUGCGCGCUGCUGAAGCGCGCAGUGAUGAGCACGGGGAUCGUGGGCGGACUCGUGAGCACCCGAGGCGGGUCCGUCUCCGCCGCCGCCGCGCGCGCGUAUGGCGACGGGCAGGAGGCGCUGUCGAAAGUGAUUGCGCACCUGGGACUAAGCGAGAUCGGCGGGGGGCAGGGCGGGGGCACAGGCGGGGGUACAGGCGGGGGCGGGGGCGGGGGAAAGGGAGCGGAGGGGGUUAGUGGGGGAGGAGGCAUGGAGAGGGAUGUGGGAGAGCAGCAUAGGGAGGCAGAGAAGCGAAAAGGCGCCCAGCAUAACCAGCACCAGCACCAGCAACCGCAGCAGCACCAGCAGCAGCACCAGCAGCAGCAGCAGCAGCAGGCGCAGCAGCAAGAGGAGAGUAGCAGUGCCCGAUCCCCCUUAGCAUUACCGGUUGCGAUUCUCUUACAGGAGGUGCACUCCGAUCUAGCGCUAGCCAAGGAGGUGGAAGAGAGGAUCCACGACGUGGAGAGACUAAGAGCGCUGGAGUGCCUCUUGACCAUCGUACAGACGCACGUAGGGGUUGUGGAACCGCCACAGCUACUCCUCUCUCAAACGGCGGGAGCCGCUUCUGCUUCUGUAUCAGGCGGCGGUGGUGGUGUGGGUGCGGGUGCUGCACCGGGCACUGACCGCAAUGCCAUGGGCGGAGGGGGUAGUUUCAACAGUCGGAGCCUGGCGGCGAUUCUGGGCAGCGGAAUGAGGGCGGACGCAGGCGGAAAAGAGGAGGGAGUGGGGAGAGAAGAAGCGGGAGAGAGUGCUGGUGCAGGGGGAGGGGAGGGAGGUACGUUGGUGCUGCGGCACCCACACAGUAACAGCUUGAAAGAAACGGGGUCUAUUGCAGGGGAGCCACCAUCACCAGCAGCAGCACCGCUGUCUGGUUCUGCUGCUGCCGCUGCGUUUGCUUCUGCAGCGGACGCCCUGUCCGCUGCUGCAGCUGGGAUCUCCUCCUCUCCCUUGCGCCGCCCGUCUACCUCUUUCAAAGAACCUCCUGCUUCUCCUGCUGCUCCUGUUGCUGCUGAAGCUGCUGCUGCAUCUGCGGGUGAUAUCCUGCCUGCUGCUACCAGCGACGCAAGCAGCAGCCCAGGCACUGCUGCUGCGGCUGCAGGAGUAGAGGCUGGUUCUAGCCGCACCGUUGCCAGCAGUGCCACUGCCACUGCCACUGCCACGGCCACAGCCACAGCCACAGCCACAGCCACUGCCUCUGCCUCUCUGGGAGCUCUAGGCAGCAGAAGCAGGAGAGAGGGCGGCAGAUUGAGCAGCAGGGAGCGUUCCCUGGGAGGCAGUGCGAGGGAGAGCCGCUUCAGUUCGUCAGGCAGACUGGCAUCACCUGGAGGGUCAAGUGUAGCCACGGAUAAUGGGUGGCUUGGCGCCGACACUGCUGCUGCUGCUGCUGGUACCGGUGCUGGUUUCGGCAGUGACAGUGGUAGUGGCAGUGGCGGCGGCAGCAGCAGCGGUGGCGGUGGAGGUGGUAGCAGUGGAAUAGCAGUGUCAGCGCGGCGAGCAGCAGGGCAGCGCAUGCGGAAAUGGGCGUCGAUGAAAGCAGCACACAGAGCAGCAGCCAGCAGCAACAAGUCCCACUCGGGCCAGGAAUCCACCACCACCACGGGAGAGCGCCCCGUGGAGACCCCUGAGGGCCCCGUCCUGCCUCGCCUGGCCCUGCAGGUGCAGCAGGAAAUGGCUGGAGAGGUGAAGGCGGAGCUGCGGUGCGCGCUGACAGGGUUACCGUUACAGCAGCCGGUGGUGCUGGUGGAGAGUGGGGUGGUGUUUGAGCGCGCGGCCAUCGAGGCGUACAUUGCAUGUGUGAGGGCGACUGGGGGGGGCAGGGAGAGUUUGGGUAGCAAGGGUGCGAGGGAGAAGGAGGCGGGAGGAUCCGUAGGUGGGGAAGAUGCAAUGAGAGCUGCUGCUGCUGCUGCUGCUGGUGUUGGUGGUGGAGAAAGUGGUGAUGGGGGUGUAGCAGCAGCAGCAGCAGCAGGAGAAGGAGCAACAGCAGGGGUUGGCGGUGGGGGUGGGGCGAGUAUGGAUCGGAGGCUGGUGUCAGUGAGGAGUGGGGACUGGAGGAGGAGCAUGGGGAGGAGCAGAAGUGUGACCUCAGGGGACAGCUUCAAAGUCGGGUCAAGAGCAGCGAAAGGAGCAGCAGCAGCAGCGGCGGCGGUAGCAGCAGGGGCAGCCGCAGGGCGGUGGGACUUGGCGGCGGCUCACUGGCUGCGGGCUGACAUUCAGGCGCACCUCAAGAAAGUGGAGGCUGCUACCAUUGACCGCGCGCUGACGGUUUUACAGAGGCACAUUGAAACGAGCGACGCUGCUGCUUCUGCUGCUGCUGCUGCUGCUGCUGCUGAUGCUGCUGCGGCUUCUGGUGCUGCUCCUGCGGCUUCUGCUGUUGAGAGUAAGGACAUGUUAAUCGAGCAUGGCGUGCUGGCCCCACUGGUGGCAGUGCUGGCAGAGAACGCUGGUGACGCCAUGGCAGGCGUGCAGGUGGUGCACGAGCUGGCCACGGGGGAGAGUCACCGGCGGGUGAUCGGAGCCGCCAAGGGCGACCUGGAGCUCAUCCGCCUGCGCACCCGACACAAGGACGCCGGCGACCAGGUGGCGGAGCUGCUGGACACGGUGCUACGGCUGUUCUGGGAGGGCGACCCCUCGGUGGCCAUGCACAUGGCGGCAGCUGGCCUCAUGGACCCGCUCGUCACGCUCAUUGCGCCGGGCAACGACAUGGACACGGUCCUUCUGAUGGCGGACGCAGUUAUGUCGUGCGGCAUCACCAAGGCCUCCCGCAUCGCCCUGGUGCAAGCCGGCGUCCUCCCCCCCCUCAUCCACAUGCUCUCGCACGGCCCCACCAACGCGCGCACCAUGGCGGCACGUGCCAUCGAGCACCUCUCCCACACCGAAGCCAACCGCGUCGCGCUCGCCAAAGCCGGGGUCAUCCCGGCCCUGGUCCGCUGCCUCGGCCGAACCACGCCGGGGGAACUGCGAGGUGCGGCGCAAGCCACCCUGGCGAACCUAGCCAUGGACGAUCAGGAUCUGGAGACGUUAGACGAGGAGGGGACAGUGGUGCGGCUGCUGACGAUGCUGCGAGUCGGCCCGGCGACCAGCCGAGAGUACGCGGUGAGAACGUUAGAGUUUGUCACGCGGGACGAGGAGAACCGGCACAUGAGGGCGAGCGUGCUAGAGGAUGAGGGUGCGGUGGGGGCGAUUGUCUCUGCUCUCAGCGACGCCGUGCGGGCCACGGGGGGGGCGGUGAGCUCGACGCACUUCACGGCGGGCGCGCUGAGGGCCAGUGCACUGCUGCUGCUGCAGCACUUGGCCAAGGAACCAAUGGCCGCGGCAGCGAUGGCGACGGUUCCGGAAGCAGUGCCGCUGCUGGGGCAGCUGCUGGUGCUGGCCCUGCCGCAGGAGGAGCAUGAGGCGGUGGUGAUGGUGCUGGGGGCUAUGGCGGCGGAUAAGGGCAUGCGGUGGCUGGUUCGGAAGCAGAGGCAUCUGCUGCUGUGCAUGCGGAGGCUGCUGCCAGGGGCCGAUGCCGCCAUUGCUGCUGCUACUGCCGCUACAAAAGCAGCGGCGGCAGCGGCUGUAGGAGGAGGAGGAGGCGGAGGAGGAGCAGGGGAGCUUCAGCAGCAGCAGCAGCAGCAAGCGGGGGUGGUGGAGGAGGCUGGAGCGAGGCCGUCGGGGCGUCUAGUAGGAAGGGUGUUUGGGGGGGGGAAGAGGGGGGGCAGCGGGGGGUCGUCUCUGCUUGGCGCGUCGCUGCUAGGCGGAGGAGGGAAGAAGGUCGGGCGAUCCAGUCUCGGCCUUAGCAGGAGUAAAGGGGGGGUUGCUGCUGGUGGCAGUGGCAGUAGGGAUGGCAGAGGGGAGGCUGAUGGUGCUGCUGCUGCUCAAACAACUGCUGCUGCUGCGGGUGCUGCUGGUGCAGCUGGUGCAGCUGGUGUUGCAGGUGUUGGUGGCGGCGUUGCUGGUGCGGGGGGUAUGGGCAUAGGAGGGGUAUCGUGGGCCGAUUACCUGCCAGAUAACUCAGACGGGGAAGAGGAAGAGGAGGAGGAGGAGGGAAGCAACGGUGCAGCUGUGAAUAUGGGAACUGUGGGUGGCUUUGGAAGCAGCAUCAUCCGUCCAGGGGUGAACAGCUUUGCGGUGCCACCUCCUACAUCGAAGCCUCGCAGUGCGCCCUCUUCCGGUGUAGUGAGUCUUCAUCACAACACUAGCAACAAUAACAACAAUAGUAACAGCAACAGCAACAGCAACAACACCAGCAGCAGUAGCAGCGGUAGCAGCAGCAGCAGCAGCAGCAACAGCAACAGCAGCAGCAGCAACACCACCUCUUCAUCCAACUCAUCCUCCUCCACCUUCUCCCUCUCCUCCUUUGGCCCAGCCGUUCGCCCCGCAAUGCGCCCCCCUCCCCCUCCCGCCAUUCUCGAGGCUCCCUCACUUCUCCUCCUCUCCUCCACUGGCCCAGCUUCCUCCAUAGCCGUGCAAGAAGCCGUUCUACGUGGCGUCGCGGCAUUGGCCGACCCCGACGACCAUGCAAUGCAGCAGGAGGUGGCAAAGCUAGGCUUCCUGCCGCUGGCAGUGCAUCAUUUGAGAGUGGGCCCCGAUGCUCUCCGCAUCCCCUCUGCCCGUCUGCUAGAAAACCUCUCUCUCUCCUCCCCACGCCUCUCCCGUCUCCGUGCUCUUGCGCACUCCUCCCCUGCCGCUGCCGCCGCUGCCGCUGCUGCUGCUUCUUCUGGAGCAGUAAGCGGAACAGGAGGGGGUAGAGUAGGGGCGGCUCGUGGGGGGUUUGGGUUGGGAGUUGCGCCACCGGUUUCAGGCUCUAGUUUGAGGAACAAGGCGAAGCAGCACAGUUUUUCGGGGCCCCUGAGCUCUUGGCAAGAAGCAGAACCGCCUGCGGGUAAUGCUGCUGCUGUGGGUGGUGGUGGGGGUGGGUGUGGGGGUGGGGUUGGAGGGGAGGGUAAGGAUGUGGUUGUGGGUGUGGCAGGAAGCAGCAUGCGAGGGCAAGGUGAUUCAAGUGAGGCCGUGCCUACUUGUGCUGGUAGUGACCCGCAAGUGGGGGCUGCCGCUGCUGCUGCUGCUAUGAAGGCAGCGAGGUGGGAGAGAGAAGGGGAAGAGAGGGGAAUGAAUGGAGGAGCGAAUAGGAGGGUGGAUGGGGAGAGGGUUAGCUUGAGGCAAGAGCUCGAGAGUGAUGAUGAUGAUGAUGAUGAUGAUGAUGAUGAUGAUGAUGAUGAUGCACUACAACAGGACGAGCACCAACAGCUGGGGCAUCGCCAGCAGCAGCAGCAGCAACAGCAGAGAGGGGGUAGUGCGAGUAUGGAAGAAGGCUCAAAAGCAGGAAGGAAGAGCUUGGAGGAGCACGAUGGAUCGAAUCAAGCCGACAGACAGCCAGCCGACAGCACUAGAAUGGCCGCCUCGCUACCAGACAGCCCACCCAGCAUUAACAUCCCAGGCAGUGCCAUGAGUGGAGUGAGUGGAGUGAGUGGAGUGAGCGGGGUGAGGGCACGGAGAGGGGGCAAGACGCUGAACCUGCAGGUGGCUCCACAUUCGGCAGCGGCGCUGCUCUCCCCGCGCAUCUUCUUCCCCUUCUCCACUGCCCUCUCGCCCCGCCAGUCCCCGUCCCCGACCUCCACGGCCCGGCAGCACAGCGCCACGAAGGGUGGUGAGGCAGCGGCCGGGGCCGGGGCUGGGGUCAACAGCAGCCCUAGCAGCAGCAGUGUGAGUGGUGCGGGUGCGAGUUCGGGAGGUGGUGGUGGUGGUGGUGUUCGAGGCAUCCCGAGGCACAGGAAGAGCAACAGCGGCAGUGCGUUUGACUUGUUUGGCAGCAGUGCGCAUGUGCGGGCCGGCAGCGACAGCAGCAACGGCAGCUUGAUGGGUCCAAGGGGCGGCCAUGGGGGGAGCAGUUUGGGACCGAAUGCUGGCAGCUUGGGUGGCUCCUUCCAUCAUGCGUCUCUUGACUUGGGUCACUCCCAUGCGCAUGCCACGUUUCCUCAUCCCCUCGACUUGAACACUCCAGGAACAGCAGCAGCAACACCACCACCAACAACAGUCACAGCACAGGCCACCACUCCCCCUCCCUCCUCCGAACCGCACUCCACGUCCUCCCUCCACGGCCGCAGCCUCCUCUCCCGCAACAUGCGUCUGCCGUCCCUGCUGGCCCCCCUCUCCCAGAUGUACCGCUCCUGCAAGGUGCACGGUGGCAAGUGCUCCCUGCCCACCACCUUCUGCCUCCUGGACGACAACCUCGUGGACGUGCUCCUCGAGCUAGUCCGCCGCGCCAACAACAACGUCGCCGAGGUCUGCCUAGCCGCCGUCGCGAGCCUGCUCGCCGACGACACCUGCCACGAGCGCGCUGCAGAAUUUCUGGUGAAGAGGGACGCGGUGGAGCGCAUCUUUGCGUUUGGCAAGUUCCGCAAGGCCAAGUACUCGCAGCCGGCGGUGGCGGCGCUGGGGCGCUUCAUGACCACGGCAUCGGGCCAGUCGAGAAAGACUGCCGCGGAAACGCUCAUGCGCCUCGGGAUCUUGCCCAAGGGCUCGCUUACCAUGGACCUGUGAUGCGGUGUGCUGCGAGGCGGUAGGCGCUGGUCGUAUUGUUGCCUUUCUCUUUCCGUUGCUGGGGAAACUGUGUCCCCUGCAACCGCAACGCGAGGCGACGCUCAUUUUGAGUCCCCUCGGAAUGAGCCGUGGAUUCAGCAGGAGGUGCCUGCUGCAUCUACAGUAGGGAACGAAAGGCCUGCUUUGCCUUCCUACCGGUAGCUCCAGUGGGAUUCAGGGAAGCCGUGGUUGUGCCCCCUUAGGUACCCAAGAGCCCACGACCCAGCCAGUGAGACUGGGAAGGGAAGGGAAACCUACACUCUCUGGGUGUUGCGAGCGAGUGGUGCAGUGCUAAUAUUCUGGGCAGAUGGAAGCGGUUUGAGCGUGGGUGUAUGGUGGUGGGGACAUCUGGGAAUGUAGGAGUGAAAAGCUGGUUUUUCUGCCAAAUCUCUUGGAGGCUUGUUCUACGAUCUAUCUGUUGAAUUAUAUAUUUGAUAUAUAUAAUGGUAGGCCUGGUAGUUGUUACUG